CAAAUAAUUAUUUUGUGUAACCAAUUAAACUUAAAAUUCAAACUAAAAUUAAACUUUCAACAACGCCCUACUACCCAAAACUACCUCGGAAAUUCCUCAAACCGUCCCUCGUAUACCUUUUAGUACCCUUUUACCAGCCCUUCCCCCGACCGAAGCCGUUAAAAGGACGGAUUUGUUUGGCUCCUAAUAAGAGUGCUAAAUUAAUUAGAUAAGAGAGGUCGGUUUACGUCCCUCUAUGUCUGUGAUAUUUGGCAUUUGACCUUACGUUUAGUUGUUUGGGUGAAUUUAUUGUGUUAGGGCAGGUUUGAGUUUUGGUGCCUUAAAUUAUAGUUUUGGUGGCGAUUACUGUAUUUAGAGAUCUCAGCAAUAUGCGUUACUAUAACACAGACGGUACCUAUCACGAUCACCCGCAGGACAACCAAUUUGGUUGGUGUUUAAAUGACAUAUCAAUAGACGAAGCCAUGCCCAGUUACCAAGAACAAAACAGGACGGUUAAGAGGAUAUCCAGAAUUACCAGACAGCUAUCGAUAACUUGUGAAAGCUGUGAUUAUGAUGACCCUAGUGAUAAAACUACUAGUGAAUUAAUAGAAGCCUCUAUAUCUGAUAGCGAUGAUAUUGAGGAAUGUGUGGAUGUAUUAACAGACGUGACAUACUUUUCUAAUACCUUUUGUCAUGAAACCGAAAAAGGUUCUAGCGGUAUUCUGGAAAAAACUCGAUCCCGACAACAGAUUAAAAAAAUCAAGUGCAACGUUAAAGAAGAAACUUCGUUAAGCGCUAUAGUGUGCCAAAAGAGUGUGGAAGGUUUCAUAGAAAAUGCAGAGUCAAACUACUACAAAAGAGCCAGAGAUAUUAAAAUACCUUCUAAGGAGCAAAUGAUGAGUCUUAUUAACCCAGUUAACCCCGAGAGCAAGGCCUUGUUAGGCAUCAUCAGCUACUCAAAAUAUUGCAGCCUGAGUGACAAAGAAACACAAGAUGAUCUGCUAAGAAAGAUUAACUACAAGACCACCAAUUCCAAGCAUUUAAUGCAUGAAUACGAUACUUUACCAUUUAAACAUGGAAUUGAUGAAUCUAUGCAAGAUAAAAAUCUUCCAGUUUUUAAUUUUCAAACAAGCGAUGGAGAUGUGGAUACUGAAAGGCAGAUGGCUAGUGAAAUUCAGGACUAUCAUGCCAAUAAAGAAGAUAAUAUGUUGUCGCUUAUGAUGGAGCUUAUCAUAACAGAUAUGGACAGUAAUUUAGGCGAUAUGUCAGAGCUGAAUCAUUCAAUAAAUGAUUUAAGCAACAUAGGGGCAGCUGCUGCCUUAGAAACUAGUGAUUUGGGCAAUAGUAUUCAUAGUAGUAUAAUGAGCAAAGAGGGUAAUGGAGUAAAAGAGCGUGUGGAGAGUAAAAUGAAGUUUUUGGAAGUGCCCAAUAGGGCUGAUUUAUUAAACAGUAUAGGAAUAAGUGAUGAUAUUGAUAAAAGUAUUGAGAGUUUCAUUCAAGAAAAAACUGAUAUGCACCGUGAGCUGACUGAAAUCAAGCGAAGUUUUGAGGAGGACGAGAAAAAAAUCGACAAUCUACUUGUUCAAUCGGCCAUAUUGCAAAACGAUCUUCGGGAAACCGCUCACCUUGAUAACCUCAUUCAUCUUCUCGAAGGGCGCCCAGAACGAGUAAAAAAUAAAAAGUUGCCCUUUAGAAUCUUUCAUGCUGGCUAUGAGAGAGAGGGGAAUCAAAAUCUCAUUAUUUAAGUCUGGAGAACACUGUUAUCCAGAAAUUUGGGGAUUUGAUCGAUCCCUAUACGAUAGGGAGUAAUUAAAGGCCCAUACGUUUGAUCGAUACCAGUCCUAGCAACUUAAAUAUCAAUGUCACAAAAAGGUUAAGAAUCCUUGGCAUUACGCAAUCAAAAAUCAUCAUUGCGCGUGUUGUGGCAUAAAAAAUAACUUCUAAAGAGAACACAUGGC